AUGAUUUUUAAGAUGACUACCUACCUUGGUGAUAAAUCAAAUUCAUCAAUAUCUGGAUAUUUCAAAGUGUCUGCACUAAAUAAUGGCAACCUCUCUGCAAACAACUCCAAUGAGACAGCAAGCAAUCUGGAUUCACCUGCCUUGGAUAUCAGUAGGGCAAUAAUUGUGGGACUUAUCCUAGGUGCCUUUAUACUAUUUGCUAUUAUAGGUAAUAUCUUGGUAAUUCUCUCUGUUGCUUGCAAUAGACAUUUAAGAAUUCCUACAAACUAUUUCAUAAUUAACCUUGCAAUAGCAGAUUUGUUGCUGAGUUUUACUGUCCUUCCAUUCUCUGCCACACUGGAAAUCCUUGGCUACUGGGUUUUGGGGAGGAUAUUUUGUGAUAUCUGGGCAGCAGUUGAUGUGCUGUGCUGUACAGCUUCUAUUUUAAGUCUGUGUGCAAUUUCUAUAGAUAGAUAUAUAGGGGUGCGUUAUUCCCUCCAGUAUCCAACUUUGGUAACAAGGAGAAGGGCAAUUUUAGCUCUCAUAGGUGUCUGGGUCCUUUCCAUGGUAAUUUCUAUUGGGCCUCUUUUGGGCUGGAAAGAGCCAGCACCCAAGGAUGAUAAAGAGUGUCGUAUCACUGAAGAACCAUUCUAUGCUUUAUUUUCCUCCUUGGGGUCAUUUUACAUUCCUUUAAUCGUCAUCCUUGUGAUGUACUGUCGGGUGUACAUAGUGGCAAAAAGGACUACUAAAAACCUGGAAGCUGGGGUUAUGAAAGAAAUGUCCAACUCUAAGGAGCUGACUUUACGGAUUCAUUACAAGAACAUCCAUGAGGACACACUAAACAGCACCAAACCCAAGGGUCACAAUCCCAGGAGCUCCUUAGCUUUCAAACUUUUUAAAUUCUCUAGAGAAAAAAAGGCAGCCAAGACGCUGGGAAUCGUGGUUGGCAUGUUUAUCUUGUGCUGGCUACCUUUCUUCAUUGUUCUGCCACUAGGAUCUCUGUUCUCAGCUCUGAAGCCCCCUGAAACAAUCUUCAAGGUGAUUUUUUGGCUUGGCUACUUUAACAGCUGCUUGAAUCCAAUCAUCUACCCUUGCUCAAGCAAAGAGUUCAAGAGGGCUUUUAUACAGAUCCUAAAAUGCCAAUGCCACCGUCGAAAGCAGUUUGGGUGGUGGACCUACAGCUACAGAAACUGGAAUCGGUGUUCCUUUGAACACCAUAGGAAAGACUCUCUGGAAGACAGCGGGAGUUUCCUAAGUGGCAGUCAAAGAACAUUGUCUUCAGCAUCUCCCAGCCCUGGCUACCUGAGCAAAAUCACUCACCCACAUAUGGAGAUGUGCACAUUCCAGGAAUGGAAAAAUUCCAGCUCUUUCCUGAGUCCUUUACAGGAAGGCAGCAGACAAAAGGACCCAUGCCAGUUCUUUACUUUCAAUCUCUUAACAGAGCGCAAUGGCCAUGUUCCUGCUGGCAGCCAAGCUUCCAGCAACGGAGACCCUGAAGCCAUCUGUGACACAUUGAAUGGCAAAACCAGCUGUAGAGCAAACAUGACACUGGAAUGA